GGUUCUGGGAGACGUCUCCACAUGUUGGAGAGUCCCAGCUAUACGGUAAUAACUGCCUGCCGCCAGACUGUGAGAAUGAAAAUAAGGGUCGAGUUGGAAGCGGAUCAUAAACACUUCACGGUGUCUAAAAGUUCCGACAUCUUCGAUUAAAGCUCCAGUGGAUAGGAUCUUAUCGUGUUAAUGACUCCGCGAAAUUGGGUGCAUUAAGAUGCAGGGCGAGCCGUUGUAUGACUUUCCGGACCCCCAGCCCCCAGCGUUGACGUGUGCUAGACCUCAGAGAGGCUCUCUGAAGAGCAUCAGUGUGCUGGACCGUCUCCUCCUCACACACCCCGUUUGGCUGCAGCUGUCAAUCAACUCUGCCACUGCUCUGCAUAUCCUGCAGAGGGAGCCACCAGGGACGUUUUUGGUGCGCAAGUCCAGCACUUCCCAGAAAAAGGUUCUGUGUGUACGUCUGGAGGAUGACAGCAUUCCCUCCUUCGUCAAACAGUUUGUCAUCCGGGAACUGGAGUGCACCUUCUCUCUGGAGAGUGCUGCCAUCAGCUUCCCUGACCUCUGUCGUCUCAUCGCAUUCUACUGUGUCAGCAGGGAUGUAUUGCCCUUCACCCUGGAGCUUCCAGUGGCCAUUGCCAAAGCCACCUCCCACAAACAGCUUGAGUCCAUCUCUCACAUGGGUGUGGAGUUCUGGAAUUCCCAGCUCAACUUCCGUGGGCCGAAAGGCGAAGCAACCGAGGAAAAGACCAUGCCCCCUCUCCCCUCCCCUGAAUAUUGCUCCACCCCUCAAGGAAGCCCCACACUCUUCCAGGAGUUCUGUACAAUCAGAACGCGCAGCCCCAGGGAGCUGAACUGUGGGCAUGAGCAGGGCGCACUCUGCUUCAUCAACCCCCUCUUCCUGCAAUCCCAGGAUGCAUUGUACCGACGUCACCAGUUCAAACGCAGCUUGAAGGUGCGAGUCUCCACGGAAACCUCCGGGCCCUUGUCCCCGCCUGUGGCUCCACCACCUCCCCCUCCUCUGUUGGCCAAGACUAAGGGAAGGGGAUGCCGGGGAGGCAAGGGGGGGCAGAAGACUCCGUUAGCUGUUGGGAGCAAUGAGGGGAAAAGGGGGAUGACUGUGGAGGGGGUUAGGGGAGAAACUGUGGCGGGAACACCAUGUAUAGACCCUCAGACAGCCUCAUCCACAAAGUGCUUCCAGCCCAUCCCAUUGCUGCCUCCUAAAAAGAAGACAAGCUGCAGCCUCAUGCCUCAAACUCUGUCUCCAACCACAGAAGAAGAUUACCACAUACCCCCCACCCUGUCUCCUACCACAGAGCAAGACUACCACAUCCCCAAAAUGCUGCUCAAGGGAGGGGAGGGAGGAGGGCAGGGGCGAGGAGGGGGAAGGGAAGGGCGAGGAGAAGAGGAAGGAGGAGGAGAGGGGGGAGCAGGAAAGGAGGGAACGCAAAACGCAAUAGAGAGUGAAUUAGCUGAGACAUCAAAAGUACAGAGAGAAAAGUCAGAAGAGAGGGACGAGGAGGCGGAGCCAGGCCAGGAGCAGGAAGAAGAGGCGCUGCUGUGUGUCACGCAGGAGAACAGGCUAGCCCCCUCUCUGAGCGAGCUGGAGAGCUGUAGCUCCCUAAGCAGCCUAGAGGAGGCGGUAGAGAGCCCACAGCGACCGCCAUUCACCAGGGGCUCCAGUAACCCCACCCCUCCACGCCAGCCAGGCUCUGCCCUCAGGAAACUGAGCGCUGCGUUCGUGUCGUUCUUCGUGCCCGGGCGCCGUGUGGCGAGGAUGGUGGAGGAUCUGGCGGUGGACAGACAGACGGCUUUCGGGGCGCUAGUCCAGGACUUCCUCCGGCUGCAGAGGGAGGAGGAGCUGAAGCCCAAAAGCCAAUCAGACGCAGUUGAGCUGCUGCAAAAGCUCCGCCUCUUCCUAUCCAGUGCUAAGAGCUUCCUGCUGGAUAGUGGAGAGCUGGAGCCUCCUAUAGAGACCUUGGUGCCUGAGGAAGAGAUAGAUGUCGUGUUGGAGAAGGCCCUGUAUCGCUGUGUGCUGAAGCCACUGCAGCCCCAGCUCAACGCCACACUGCAGACGCUACAGCAGCGAGACGGCUCCGCCCCCAGCCUGGAGCGCUGCCUGCGAUUGGCCAGAGAGGGGAACCCGGAAGAGCAGUUUGGGGUGGGUGGGGACGUGGCGGCGGCGGUGGCGGCGGGGCUGGAGAAGGUGAAGAGGAAGUUGCGUGUGCUCAGGCGAGCAUAUUCUCCGUUGGACAAGAUGGCGCUGCUGCUGCAGGUGUGCAAGUUGGUCUACAGCACCAUGAGGAGCAGCUCGGCACCAGGACGUGACUUUGGGGCUGAUGACUUCCUGCCAGUGCUGAGUUACUUCCUGGUUCAGGUGAACCAACCGGAGGUGCUGACUGAAGUGAUCUACAUGAUGGAGCUGCUGGACCCUGCCUACCUGACUGGGGAGGGGGGCUACUACCUGACCAGUGUGUAUGCCAGCCUGUGUUUGAUCCAGAGUGAUUCAACGCCGCCUGGUGGUGUGACCAGGGAGGCCAGACAGUCUCUUAAGGCUUGGAGCCGUCGUCGUAGCAACGAGGCCCAGCAACAUCAGCAGCAGCAGCGGUGUGUGCGGGUGCUCUUCCAGAACGAUCAGAUCAGUGAGCUGAGGACUGUCCAGUGGAAGUCAGAGGUCAGUGUGGACCAGCUGACCCAAGUCUGCGCUUCCUGCUUCCUGGUUGACCAGCCCGGUUUGUACCAGCUCUACUGGCGCAGGGAUGGACUGCUACAACCCCUGCCCGCGCACGCACACAUCAAAAACCUGCAGGGCCAGGGCCGCAGUGGAACACCCCUGCUGUACCAGCGCAUUGGUUCCUCCCAGCAAGAGAUGCAGGGUAGUGGGAAUGUUCCACUGCUGACCAGGGGAGGGGAUGAAAAUCAAGAGGACUAACGCUGGGUGGUCGCUACAGUGUAUUCUUCCUGGCCCGUCUACCCAGGGUGGGCAUGUGCCACGUACCGAUAAGCUACUGUGCAGGAGCUGCCAAACAUCUGGUCGUACACAGCUUUGAGCUUUUCUCAACUUUUGAGUCCAUAUGUACAAAUAGAAAAAUAUUUACGGGGUCAAACAGACUUGUAUGUACAAAUUAUGCUGAAACAGCGUAGUCGGUAGUAUCUGCUGUAGUGGCCAUGUGGUGUGAUAGAAGUUGUCUGCUGUUGAUUAUUGUACUUAUUGACUACAUUUGUAUAUGAAAUCUAAUAUACAUAUGCAGGGUUUCCCGCAGCACUUUUCAGUUAAGGCGGCCCCCUAAGCAACACAAGCCUGCCGCCUUAACAACGUUGUCCUUAUAUUUUUUUUUAUAGAUAUCGGCUGUUACUUUGUCCUGUUUUCUCCCUUCCAUUCCAAAAUGCCAGUCUACCGUCUCUGCAGAACGUCUAUCACACAAACUAGUCCCCCGUCCUGUCCUGACGGCAAACCCCACCCUACCACCUUAACUAACACAUUUGAUGUGGGAAACCCUGAUAUGAAUACAGGUCCUUCUCAAAAAAUUAGCAUAUUGUGAUAAAGUUCAUUAUU